UGCAUAUAUAUAGAUAUGUAUGUAUUUAUAAAUAUUUGUGCUUCUGUUAUCAAUAAAAUGUUUUAUUCAUGCGUAUAAAAUUAGCUCAACUUUUGAUCAGCGUUGCUAUAAAAAGCCAUUGCGCGCCAGGAAGCUGCGACAAAGCAACUUAAGCGAGCAAAGAAAAUUGUGUGCCGCCAACGCGCUUAUAGUGAAUUCAAAGCAAAGCAAACGCAGUGUACGAAGUCAGGCGUUUAUCUGCGAUUUAAUAUUAGCACAAGUAGUAAAUAUUUUUGUGCAUUUCUGAAAUCACCAAAUCUCACACUUUUGGCACACUAACGGAAACGCCUUUUGCAGAAAAUCUAAAUGUUUCAAUUGUUACCGAUAGCGCUGCUGAUCUCACUGCGCGCUGUGUGCGCUUUACCGCUCAGCGAUCACGAAUUAGCUGCGGACCACGCCCCCACAUUGCACACAUAUCACGUUUCAUCACAGCGUAAAGAUCCUGUCACUGAUUUUCCUCACUCUACCGACGAGCCGAUACUGCACGAACUGGACGAGGCACUGACCAAGCUGGCCAACGUUUACAUGCAGGCACUCUUCUCCGGCACACACACACCCGAAUUGGAGACAGAGCUGAACGCCCUGGAGUUGCGACUUUUCGAUCUUCUCGAUUCACUCUACAAGGAGAAUCGCAUGUCCGAGUAUAUGAAAUACGAGGCUGAGGUUACACACAAAAUGAUUAUUUAUAAUUUGCUGAAGAAACUUUUCGGAUACGCGAAGGAGGAAAAAUAAGUGCGCAGCGUGCAGUGCAGAAGCAUUAAGAAAUGGCAAUUAGGCGACAGUUCGCAACAACGAAUGGACUUUCGACAUUCAAGGAAAAUGUUAAAGCGCAUAUUUGUCGGCUAUGCAGGAUGAGCGGCAAUACAGUGUGUUCCGGCUGGAAGUGUUUAUCAGAGCAAAGUGAUGAAGUACUGUAGGUACUUGGUUGAUGGAGAAGUGGGCGUAGAGGCGCUACAAGUAAUAUUUAUUUUUAUUUCGUGACACAUACUUAUGUAUAUUUGUGAAUAUGUAUACUUAGAAUGUGAACAUGCAGUAGGUACUACUAAUGGACAAAAAUAUAAAUUCUUAUGUAAGUAAAUAUAUUGUAUAAAUGGAUUUUUUUUUUUAAUGAAAAGUCAUUGCCUAGAGAUUGAUUAAAUAAGUUCUUUAGUGU